GUCACGGAAGCGCUCGUCCUGUAGAUACAACACCUUUGCGAUCAUCUUUGUUAAGUUGCACUCUCUUCAUAACCUUGAAAGCGUUUUGUGGGUGUAGGCUCCAACCAUGGAUAUUGACAAGCUAUUCAAGGUUCCAAAACUACCAGCUGGUAGCCACAAACGGCGAAUGCCAGACAACCCUACACCUGAGAUGCUGAAGAAGAUGAAACUGGACACUGAUGCGGGCCCAUCUGUAGUCUCUCCAUCCAGCAUACAGCACAAUGGUACCCCGGAACAAGUAGCCGUAUCGCGUUCAGCCACCGUUCGAGACGAAGAGGACAAGGAAAUGGAGCAGGACUUUGCUCCUGGAGGCGACGCGGACUAUUUUGCGGAAGAGGACGAAGAGGGACGGUUCUAUGGUGGUGGUUUGACGAAGGAGCAGAAAGAUAUUCUCAACAUCUUUGACCAGGAGGGCGGAGAAGAGGCACGCGAAGACCUAGAAGAGUUGAACAUCGCAGGAGUACGCAGGCUACUUCUCAAGUUUGAACGUACGGCGAAUAAGAAUCAAGACCAAAGAUCGAAAUACCCCGAUGAUCCUGCCAAAUUUAUUGAUUCGGAAGCCGACCUUGAUGCUGCAAUCAAAGGCCUUCUACCGCUAGCUCAAGCACCGGUCAUUGCCUACCCUGAACUCGUUCGUUCAGGCGCGGUCUCACAACUGAUAGGUCUACUCAGUCAUGAGAACCCGGAUAUUGUAAUCGACGUUGUGGAGGUUAUUCAUGAGCUCACCGAUGAGGAAGUCGGCAAUGAAAUGGAGGAAGAGGAAGAGGGCGAAGGAUCACGAGAGGAAGCUCUGAAGACCCUGAUAGAGGGCUUGCUUGAAAACUCUAUCCUGGAACUCCUUGUCGACAAUCUAUCUCGUCUAAACGAGACUGAAGAGUCAGACCGCCAGGGCGUGUUCCAUAUUCUCGGUAUCUUUGAGAACAUUCUUGGGUUCAAUGCCGACUUGUCAAUUCAGCUUGUUGCCAAGACUUCCAUACUCGAUUGGGUGCUUAAGCGUAUUCAAUCGAAGACUCACGAAGAAAACCGAGGAUAUGCGGCCGAACUUUUGUCAAUCUUGCUGCAAGCCAAUCGUCCGAAUCGGCUAAAAUUGAACGAGAAAAACGGCGUAGAAAUGAUACUACAGGUCCUUUCGCAAUACAGACGGAGAGAUCCCGUCGAUGCGGAUGAGACAGAAUUCAUGGAGAAUGUCUUCGAUUCCCUAUGUUCUGCUCUUGGUGAGCCUGAGAUCAAGAAGACAUUUUUGGAUUUGGAAGGUAUAGAUCUUAUGGUGCUCAUGUUGAAGGAGAAGAAGCAGUCUAGAUCUCGUUCAAUCAAAGUCCUUGACUAUGCCAUGUCAGGGCAAGCGGGUAGUACCGCUUGUGAAACCUUCGUCGAGGCACUGGGAUUGAAGACUCUUUUCUCGACUUUCAUGGGCAAGUCGAAGAAGAAGGCUUCUCCUACGGCAUCGGAAGAUACUGCACAUACUCUGGGCAUCGUCUCCUCACUGUUGUCCAACUUGCCCUCAGAUUCACCGGCUCGAAUACGUCUUUUAGCCAAAUUUGUGGAGGGUAACUACGAGAAGGUUGACAAGCUACUGGAGAUUCGAGAUGCAGCACAAGGGAGGCUAAAUACCGUCAACAGGGAGAUCGAAGAGGAGAAGAAGGAGAUGCUUGAGAACGGAGAGGGUGUUGGCCCUGAGGAGGAGGAUAUGUGGUAUCUACGACGUCUGGACGGCGGUUUGUUCACACUACAAACAGUGGACUAUAUAUUGGCAUGGGUAGCCAUGGAAGACGACGGGAUCCUGGUUCACAUACGUCAGAUGCUGGAUCGAAAAAAUAAAUCCUUAAAAGACAUUGUCAAAAUCCUUGAGGUCUACCGCGACAAUGUGGACGUUGGCGGCGGACAACAAGAAGAGGGUGCGAUGUCACAGCGCGAGAUCCUGGAAAAUCUCAUCCGCUUUUUGGACGCGGCCUGAAAGUAUUAGGAUAUCAUGCGCAUGCUGUACAAUACUUAUUGCAUAAUAUACAUCUGAGUCGAAAGC